UAAAAAAUUAGUUAAGUUGAAGUUGUAUUGAUCAUUGGUUGCAGUCUAUUGAGUUUACCGCGAAAACGGAAAAUUUAUUGAUCCAUAACAUUUGGAUGUUUUUUUUUUUCCAGUUGAUAUGCAUUGUUAGCAACGUUUCCCAUCUUUAUUUCCAUCAAUUUAACUCGUGAUUUAAAAUCCUGCUGUAGCUGUGAGAAAUAUUUUUUUAUUUAGAUCUGGAAUCAUGUAGUUCAGAUAGGUGAACGAUGAAGGAUUCUUCAACUGUGCUCUACGCUCUCACAUCAGUGUUGUUAUCAGUUCUUGUACAAACGAGUCCUUCUGUCGGCGGGAACCAUAGGGAAUCCGUAAACCGAGAUAUUGCGAAGCCAGUCGAAGGAAAUCGCCGACAAACGUCAGAUUCCUCUAAGGGUGUCUCUUGCAACUGUAGGAAUUACUGCCCAGAUCCUAACAGCUCCGAACUUGAAUUAGUUUAUUGGAUUGAAAACCACCCAGUGUCCUGCAAAGAAUCUGCGAGAAUCGAUAUUGAAAACAAGGCUUACCUAGCACGCUGUUUCUUUGAUUGCUGUCGCAUUUGCAACGCAACCUACUUCAAAUGUGUGCUUACUAAUACCAGAGAGUCAUGUUUAGAAGCAGCUUACAAAUGUGCCGGCGUUUGCGUUACAGAUAGCCUAUUAAACAUCAAUAUUAAAGGAUGGUGACCUUAAAAACACCUUUCUGAGGGCUUACAUCAAAUGGUCGAAUCUCUAGUAAGAUCUGAGAACUUGAAAUUGGAACUUGUGCGAUCACAGUCGCCGAAGGAGUUCAUAUGUAAGCUCUGAAACAUCUGUUGGUGUAUACGUCCAAUUUUAUCCCAAUUUCAAUGUCAAUUUCAUUAUAAUUUUUUUAAUGCCAAUGGACAAUAAUAAGAAAUAUUAAAAGCAGAUUUAUAAUAAAAUGAAUCAUUUGACUGUGUCUUGUAACUGCAACAAACGAUAAUUUCAAGGUAAUUGUAAUGUGCAAGCUUAAACAUUCUGGUUUUUUUUUACACCUAGAGCGCUCAAAGAAAAUAUAUUUAGACUCGUAAUAUUUUGUCACAGUAGAAUCUUUCCCAUACAGUUGCUGAAUUAUUUUAUUUAAGUGUUAUAACCACACUUGAGAAAGAUUUACCUGGUCAUUUUAAGAUAACACAUCUUAAGAUUCAAAGUACAUUUUGUAAUGAAUGCGUGCGGUUUGUUUAUUUGAUAAAACUUCAAAAUCAGCGAGCGAGUAAAGAAAGCUAAAGAAAAACAAAAAAAAAAUAAGAACCGUGGUGUUGCGUCGUGGAGAGAUUACAAUAUGAUAUUGUUUUAUCAACUGAGUCAAUACGUAAAUUGGCCAUCGUAAAGAGUUUUUACAGCUGCCGUUUCGAGCGUUAGCCCUCCCUCAGAGCAAAAUUCGUUAUAGAUGAGUAACAAUUAGCUUAAGCUCCUAAAUAGCAUAUUCUCUGACUUAAUAAAAUUGCAAAAAUAGUGCACAGUUUUUAUCUGAGAAAAUUGUGAAUUCGUGCGACUCUCGCUCGGGCCGAUAAGGUUGUUAUAGCUUUCUGAUAACAAAUCAGUCAUGGCUCGGUGGUUCCGUUACGUUUAUCCAACCCCCUCAGUUACUUGAUUCUAUUAUGGUAUAAAUUCUCAUUACUAACUUCCCUAACGUUCUUUCAAUGUAAAUUUGAUGGUUUAUCGUGAAAACUCCGGAUG